GAUGUUGUAAACAACGUGUAGGUUUGAGAAUUUAUGUGAUGUGGAGAGAGAAUUAACAGGUGGUAUACAUGCAAUUUUGAUGCAUUACUUUAACAGAGUAAAGCUCCCCGCAAGCACUAAAAGAUUCCCAAUAUAAUACAUCUAUAUGGUCUUGUUAUCCAACAUAGCCGAAACGAACACGGCCGGUUCGAGCCCCAGCGACGGCAGUCUUUAACACUAUUCCUCAUCCUACUACAAACGGUGCUGUUGACUCUCCUCAUCGAGAUCUGAAGGUGAUAUUAACCAGAUAUGGACUUUAUAUCUGUGUAUCAAAAUUUGAUCUAUCUGGUCAUCGCCAGCCAUCUUUUGAUUGUUGCUGAUGCUACUCUCUCCAAGGGACAGAAGAAGAAAAAGGUUCAGGCGACAGACCACAGCAGCAGGAAUGUAUUUGACAGAGACCUUGUGACAGAGAAUAUCAAAACGAAGGACAUCCUGCAUGAAUACAAGGCUUACUGUGAGAUGGAAAAGGAGAUCAAGAGGUUUCAGGGUAGAACAUUGGCCUACGUCACUCCUUGGAACAAUCAUGGUUACACUAUAGCCAAAAGAUUUUCACAGAAGUUUUCCUACGUGUCACCAGUGUGGCUACAAGUCAAGCGCAAACCUGGAGGUGCCUUUGUCAUAGAGGGGAAACAUGAUGUGGAUCACGGUUGGGUAGAUGAAGUGACAGCAGGGAAGCAUGCCAAAAUAUUGCCUCGUGUGUUUUUUGAUGGCUGGAAUGGAAAAGAUUAUGGUGCCCUGUUCAGUAGUGAGGACGCCAUCGAGGACUGUAUACAGGUUAUCCUGGACUUCACCAAGGAGAACAAGUUUGCUGGAGUGGUGGUGGAGAUCUGGUCACAGUUGGGAGGACAAGCUACCAAAGAGAUGCGCCACUUCCUGAAUCACUUUGGUGAAAUGUUUCACACGGCAAAGAAACUGUUUAUACUAGUCAUCCCUCCACCUGUGUAUCCAGGUGAUGUAGUAGGCAUGUUCACACAGGAGGACUUUGAGGCACUACAGAGCAAUGUUGAUGGUUUUAGUCUGAUGACGUACGACUUCUCCAGUCAAAGGAAACCAGGAGCCAAUAGUCCUAUUGACUGGGUCAAAGAUUGUGUGGAGGCGUUGGUACCAAAGGAAGAUCCAAUAUCAAGAUCUAAAAUUCUUCUAGGGCUCAACUUCUACGGAAAUGAUUUUACGAUGACCAGAGGCGGUAAUGGAGGAGCGAUCCUUGGCCACCAGUACAUAGAUAUUCUGAAGAAGCACAAACCAAAGCUACAGUGGGUAGAGGAGACUGCUGAACACGUUGGGGAGUACAAAACCACAGGAGAGACGCACAAUGUACAUUUUCCGACACUGAAGUCUAUACAAGUCCGACUGGACCUGGCCAAGACCAUGGGGACAGGGAUCUCCAUCUGGGAAAUAGGACAAGGCCUGGAUUACUUCUACGACCUCCUGUAACAGAACAAGCCUUAGGACAAGGCCUGGAUUACUUCUACGACCUCCUGUAACAGGACAAGUCUUUAGGACAAGGCCUGGAUUACUUCUACGACCUCCUGUAACAGGACAAGCCUUCAUUGGAAUGAUUGACAGAUAUUUUGUAAAUCUUCUGGAAAUUUGUUUAUCAGGCCCCAGAAUCAUGAAAUAGACUUACCGUGUAAGUCUAGGACAAAAUUGGAACUUAAUUUUGAAGUUUUGACUUAGCUUAGAUUACAUGUAAUCUUAAGUGGAUCAAGAAACGUGCUAAGCAUUUGAUGUUUCAGAAAAAAGAAGUAUGAAAAAGAAAUUGUAUUAACUGCCAAGCUCUUGUCACUGAAAAGAUUUGAAUUGAUUGGAUCAAACUUUAUAAGCUCAGCAGUGUAUUGAAGGUAAAAUGUUCAUCUUAAAUCAUUCUAGAAUUAUUAAAAUCGAAAUCAAAAUUAGAUGUCCUGGGAUGCAGAAUGACCACCCUUGAAUAAUUU